AUGGUUCAUUUCGAAGAUUUGCGCAAGACUGCAUACGAUGCUGAGAACGAUCUCAACUCCUACCAGGCCAAGCAGGGUCUCGGAAAGAAGAGUGACUCCGCUCAAGAGUCCGGCGUCGACGAGAUGACCGAAAAGCGCUUCGCGGAACACGGUGCCAGUGUCAAGUACGGCCCUGGUGCGACUGCUUCCGGCAGUGACCACCGCAAAGUUCCGGAGGAUGAGGGCGGUACUCGCGAUGACCGCGGCAGACUUCCUAAGGCCGAACACUUCAAGGGACCUGGUGGCCCCGAAGACAAUAUCAAAAUCGAUUCUGAGCAGCGUCCCGGAGAUCAGGAUACACUGAAUUUGCAAGACAUGAAGAAGCGGGGAAUCGCAGAGUAA